CAGUAACCUGGUGACAGUUGCCGAGUCAGGUAAGACGGAGGUACUUUGCUCAUAACGAGACCUUCGGUUAAUUACAAUAAAACACUGAUAAAAGAGACUUUGGCUCUUGUUGAGCUGAGAGACUCCCCGAGCGGCAGACGUGAAGACCAGAUCUCUGCGGCUGGACCUGCGCAUCCACUUGUUGAGUAAACAGCAGUUCACGGGGCUCGCUCUAUUUAAAGCGACAACAACAUGGCACACGGACUAGUCAGACGAGAGUCAGUGGAAACGGAGAUGCACAGGUCCGAGGACAAGGGGAAGAACUUCGUUCACACCAAGAAGAGGGGCUACGAUGUGACGCGAAACCCCCACCUGAACAAGGGCAUGGCUUUCUCCCUGGAGGAGCGUCUCCAGGUGGGGAUCCACGGCCUGCUGCCUCCCUGCUUCGCCAGUCAGGACAUGCAGCUGCUGCGAGUGCUCAAGAACUAUGACAUGAAGAGAGAUGACCUGGACAGAUAUGUGUUCCUAAUGGGGCUCCAGGACCGCAAUGAGAAGCUCUUCUAUCGGGUGCUGUUGUCAGACAUCGAAAGGUUUAUGCCCAUCAUUUACACCCCCACUGUGGGUCUGGCCUGCCAGCAGUAUAGCCUCAUAUUCCGAAGGCCUAGGGGGCUGUUUAUCACUAUUCACGACCGUGGUCACAUUGCUUCAAUACUACAGAACUGGCCAGAAAAGGACAUAAGGGCUGUGUGCGUGACGGAUGGAGAGAGGAUCCUCGGGCUGGGGGACCUCGGCUGCAAUGGCAUGGGAAUCCCAGUUGGCAAGCUGGCCCUUUACACAGCCUGUGGAGGUAUGCCACCACAGCAGUGCCUACCUGUCAUGCUGGACGUUGGCACAGACAAUGAGGCUCUGCUGAAAGACCCUCUCUACAUUGGACUGAGACAUAAGAGAGUGCGAGGCCAGGCCUACGAUGACCUGCUGGAUGAAUUUAUGAAGGCUGUAUCAGACAGGUAUGGAAUGGACUGCCUGAUUCAGUUUGAAGAUUUUGCCAAUGUGAACGCUUUCCGCCUGUUGAGCAAGUACCGCAACAAGUACUGCACAUUCAACGAUGACAUCCAAGGUACUGCUGCAGUAGCAGUAGCAGGACUACUGGCCGCCCUUCGCAUCACCAAAAGCAAAAUGAGUGACCAUACCAUUGUGUUCCAAGGGGCAGGAGAGGCAGCGAUGGGGAUUGCUGAACUGAUCACCAUGGCCAUGGUGAAGGAGGGGCUCUCCAAAGAGGAGUGCAUGAGAAAGAUCUGGAUGGUUGAUUCUAAAGGUCUCAUUGUCAAGGGUCGGGACCACCUGACUCAUCUAGAGAUUAAAAUAUGAAUUACAUGAAAUAAGCAAAUACAGAUGAAUGAUUAAUAGGAGGAUGUUUUUAAGGAAAUGAAACCUACAGCUAUCAUAGGUGUGGCAGCUGUUGCUGGAGCCUUCUCUGAGCAGAUCAUCAGGGACAUGGCCUCGUUCAAUGAAUGCCCCAUCAUCUUUGCCCUCAGCAACCCGACCAGCAAAGCUGAAUGUACUGCUGAACAGUGCUAUACAUUCACAGAGGGGCGUGGCAUUUUUGCCAGUGGUAGUCCAUUUGAUCCCGUGACACUGCCUGAUGGGAGGACCUUCUACCCUGGUCAGGGAAACAAUGCCUACAUCUUCCCUGGUGUGGGCUUGGGUGUUACUGCCUGCUCAUUACCGCACAUUACUGAGGAAAUAUUCCUCACUGCAGCAGAGGCUCUUGCUCAGCUGGUGACUGAGGAGGACCUGGCAGAGGGAAGACUGUAUCCUCCUCUCAGCACCAUCAGGGAUGUCUCUUUCAAGCUGGCAGUCAAGAUCAUGGAGUUUGCCUACAAGCACAACAUGGCCACUUUCUAACGCCCUGAACCGUUAUGGUUUAAUAUUGUUUUGUGAGGUUAUACGAUUCACUGUCAGGACAGCUCUGACUAUGAUGACUUUGUUGUUGACUCGUACCGCUGGCCUGAGGACAGCAUGACUGUGCAGUCAUGCAAACUUUAAUGCACUGGACAUAGAGACCAGGCAAACCCUGGGAAGGCAUGGUGACUACUGAUGUGCACUGUCAUCAUCAAGAUGUGAUGUUGGGAUAUGAGAGAAGCUCUGUUUAGAAUUUUCUUAUUGAUAUGCGUUACUGUGAAAUAAGUGACGACAACAUAUAAAUAUCGAAAAGCACUGGAAUGUUUAAAAAAGUACUGGAAGACAAAGCAGUCAUGAAGUGUUGUACCAAAGGCAUCUUUUCACAAUAAUCUGAGGAAAGUCCUUCACGGGUUACUUUUAAUUGUACUGUAACAUGAUGUUGCAUUAUGACUGUACCAGUGGAAAUCAAAAAAUUCUUUGUCAAAUAAACAUUGUUUGAUUAAUA